UUUUCGGGUUUGCUUAACAGCAAGGGAAGUCCAUGCCCAUCCUCUCUUUGCGGUCAAUUUCUUAGAAUAAUGGGCUUUCCUCUCUCAUAAAACCCUCCCUCUUCCCUUGUUUUAGCCAGUAUAAAUCCUAGUUUUGGUUGUUGUUAUAGUUUGUGUCUUUUGCUUUUAUCCAAGCGGGAAAAACAGAAGGCAAAGCAAAACAAAAUGGUGGAUUAUAAGGAACUUGUGGGAGGAGGAGGAGACGAGCUUUCUCUUGCUCAUUCAGACCCUAUUGUGUUGGAGUUCAACCGUUUGCAGAACCAACUCAAAGAAAAGGAUAGGGAGUUGGGAGUUGCUUCCAGUGAAAUCAAGGCUCUGAGAGCGACAAUAGUCCUGAAGGAUAAGGCUUUAGAACAGUUCAGAAAUGAAGUGAAUAAAUUGGAUGAGAGGCUUGGAGUCAUCGAGAAUCUUCUCAAACAGAAGGAUCUUGAAAUCAAGAAACUAACGAGUGAAAAGAAAGACGCGUUGGCUGCACAAUUUGCUGCUGAAGCAGCUCUUAGAAGGGUUCAUGCAAAUCAGAAGGACGAUGAUACUGUUCCUAUUGAGGAUGUCAUUGCCCCUCUUGAAGCUGAUAUUAAGAUGUAUAAAAUUGAGAUUGGAAGACUACAGGAAGAUAACAAGGCUCUGGAGCGCCACAUAAAGUCAAAGGAGUCAGCUUUGCUUGAAGCAGAGAGGAUUUUGAGAAGUGCUUUGGAAAGGGCUUUAAUAGUAGAAGAAGUUCAAAACCAGAACUUUGAGUUGAAGAGACAGAUUGAGAUCUGCCAGGAGGAGAACAAAAUCCUUGAUAAGACCAACCGUCAAAAGGUUUUAGAGGUUGAAAAGCUUAGCCAAACCAUUCAGGAACUUGAGGAGGCCAUUCUAGCUGGUGGGGUGGCAGCCAAUGCCAUUCGUGACUAUAGGCGACAGAUAUCUGAACUAAAUGAGGAGAAGAGGACUCUGGAAAGGGAGUUGGCAAGAGUUAAAGUUUCAGCCAACCGAGUUGCAACUGUGGUUGCUAAUGAGUGGAAGGAUGAGAAUGACAAAGUUAUGCCUAUUAAGCAAUGGCUUGAAGAGAGAAGGCUACUUCAGGCUGAGACGCAGCGGUUAAGAGACAAACUAGCUAUAUCAGAGAGAACAGCCAAGGCAGAAGCACAAUUGAAAGAUAAAUUGAAGUUGAGACUAAAGACAUUAGAGGAAGGCUUAAAGCAAGUGUCAAGUUUCUCAGAGAAUCCUUACCUGUCCUGUCGAUCCCCAAAACCCGAAAAGUCCAAUCACAUUUUGGGGUUCCUAUCAGGUAAUGGUGGACUAAAAAGGAGAUCUACAUCACAGCCAAGGGGUUCCUGCAUAGGUAAAACCUCUCCUUUGAUGCCGCCAAAUGUAGAAAAUGGAGCAGCCGAUGCUGCUGGAGAACUGAAAGGAGUGAAUAGCUUGAAAAAGAAAUAUGCCUCUGGGGAAAAUAUGCUGAGAAAAAGUUUAUGGGCAUCAAGAAGUAAAGUUGCUGAUAUUGGUGGAAAGGAAAACACAGAAAUGAAGUCAAAUACUGACAUGCAUAUUGAUAAGUUCAACAAUGAUACAGCAGUUUCAGCAGAUGCCAAAAUUAAAGGUGGUGCUAAAGAAGAGACACAAAAUGUUGGAAGUGCUGGUUUUGAUAGUGAAGAUAUGGUUUCAGCUUUUCUAUACGAUCGGCUUCAGAGAGAAGUCAUCAACUUAAGGAAGUCCUGUGAGGUGAAGAACAAUACUUUGACUGCUAAAGAUGAUGAAAUCAAGAUGCUCAUGAGGAAAGUUGAUGCACUGAGUAAAGCCAUCGAAGUAGAGUCUAAGAAGAUAAAGAGAGAAGCAGCAGCCAGGGAAAAGGAAGCAAUAUCAACCAAGGCAGAUGAGAACAAAAAGAUUAGAAACACAGACUCUUCCAAAAGGAGGGUUGCUAAAGCAUCAUCUUGAAGCUUCCUUGAAUCACAUAAAAGCUGGAAGUGAUCAGGAAAAGCAUUUGUUCACAGCCAUUUCGUGAUUUUUCAAUGUAAAUAUGAAAAUGUUUGAAUGAUGAUAACUAGCUGAAAUAAGUUCUGAUUUGACUAAAAGGGGUGAUCUGACUCUGUAACAUCCUAGAGGAUGAUGUUGGUUAGAGUUGUUAUCUGCUUGAGAUUUACAUAAAUGAUAUCCCAGACAUUCUUAUGGUUUGAAUUCAUCAA